AUGGCGAAUUCUUCAGAUUCCAUUGUGGAAGACACAAUGGAAUCUGAUAAGGAACUUGCAAGGCAGACUUAUGAAGUGGUUGAGCAGUUCUUGAAGCCUUUGAGGGAAGCCGGUUAUCCGGAGCUGAGGCCGUUGCUUUGUAUUGGUGAGAUGGACACGAGAUCACAGGUGGAUAUUGUGAAGAAGGGUGUUCACAUUGUUGUUGCCACUCCUGGAAGAUUGAAGGAUUUGCUGGCAAAGAAGAAGAUGAAUCUUGAUAGUUGUAGGUACUUGACUCUGGAUGAGGCUGAUAGGUUGGUGGAUUUGGGGCUUGAGGAUGACAUUAGAGAAGUCUUUGAUCACUUGAAAGCUCAGAGGCAAAGCCUUUUCUUCUCUGCCACCAUGCCAACCAAAAUCCAGAACUUCGCAAGGAGCGCUUUGGUGAAGCCAGUUAUGGUGAAUGUGGGGAGGGCAGGGGCUGCAAAUCUUGAUGUGAUUCAGGAGGUAGAGUAUGUCAAGCAGGAGGCUAAGAUAGUGAAUCUCCUCGAGUGCCUCCAGAAAACCCCACCACCUAUUUCGGUGUUCUGCGAAAACAAGGCUGAUGUGCAGGGAUGGUUCUAA